AUGUCACUCGACAAAGUCAUCGAAGGUGUCACAGGGUCGACGUUCAUCACCCACGUCGCGCUCUCCCCGUCCGCUAGGCAGGUCAUCUACUCCAUAGCACCCAAGUACCACUCAGUCAAGCAAGAGAAUGCGACCUCCGCGCUCUGGAUCUCUGACCUCUCGCCAGGGUCGAAAUCUCGCCAACUAACAUCGGGCGACCAUAACGACAGUCUCCCUACCUGGUCUGCGGACGAGAGCGGAGUGUUCUUCCUCAGCGACCGACACAAGCAAGAUGACAAGCCCGGCCCUGCAGCCAUCUACGCCAUUCCUACCAAGGUUGGCGGGGAAUCUUACGCGUUCACAAGCAAGGAGAACAAAUCCGCUAUCGGACAAUUCUGGCUCAGCCCUGACGGGAGAUACAUCGCCUAUGUGGCAUCACGCGAGCCGACAGCAGAAGAGCAACGCAAGGAAAAGGAGAAAGACGAUCCUAUCAUAUUUGGGGAUAAGAAAGCGAACGCUCAACUGUGGCUCUUAACUCUCACGACCCGCCAAGUGCGCAGGCUUCAACUUGGACCGAAGGACAACUGGCAUGUCCAGUGGAUCGCCUGGAGCCCCGAUUCGAAAGAUAUUAUGGUGCUCAUGAAAGAGAACUCGAGUCUGGAGUUCAACGAAAGCACAGCCGCGUUGCUCCGCCUUUCUGUGCUCCCCCAUGCAGCAGGUCUGGUGCAGCAGGUCUGCACUCUGCCGAGGUUAUCGGCUGGAGUCGUUCUCUGGCCUUCUCAAGACGAGAUCUCACUGUUGCAGAGCUUUAUUCCCGAUCAGCUUUCGUCCUCCAUCACUCUGUAUUUCCGAUCUUCGCUACCUGAAGGAGACAUCUGGAAGCAGUACUAUGGCGAUGUGGAGGAUCUCGUCGGGAUCCAAGAUCUUCACGAUGGGAAGACGUUGGCGCCUAUGGUCGCGUAUGGAGUGCAGACACGAUUGGACCUCCUCACCUCUGCAGGACCAAAGAAGACGAUCUGGUACGGAGACGGGAACGUACCCGACGAAUAUGACAUCAAGUUGACUAAGAACGGCGACUAUGUUCUUGUGGCAGUCGUUAGCUCUGGAACACGCAACGAACCCCCCGAGCUGUGGACCGGUACUCUUGCAAGUUCUAAGCUUGCCGAAGGGGAGACAUUGAAGCUUACCGAGAAGCUCUCGUCCCACAAUGCCUGGACUGCUGAGCUCCCCAAGAUCAGCGUACAGGUCAUCAAGUACAAAGCCAAGGACGGCACGGAGAUCGAGGGGAUCGUCACUUGGCCGAAGCACAAGGAGAGGAAGGCAUUGCCGACUGUCCUGUUUCCUCAUGGCGGACCAUAUCAUAGAGACACCCCGGACUUCGACCUUAAAUCCUAUUGGGCCAAGGAACUGCCCGUCUUUGCUGGCUACUUGGUCUUGUGUCCUCAAUAUCGUGGCAGCUCAGGAAGAGGGAACCGUUUCGCCCGAAGUGCCCAUGCUCAAAUGGGAACGCAUGACUGGACAGAUUGUUACGACAUGUUACAGUAUGCGAUUGCACAAGGCUGGGCAGACAAAGACAUGCUCGGACUGGCCGGAUGGAGCCAGGGAGGCUUCCUAACAGCCUGGGGUGUGAGCCAGACUAAGGAUCUGUUCAAGGCUGCUGUUAUGGGUGCGGGCGUUUGUGACUGGGGCAUGAUGGCGGCGGAAAGCGACAUGCCAGAGUUCGAGGCUGAUCUUGGCGGUUCUUGGCCGUGGACUGAGAACCGCGUUGACCAGAAUGGAUCGCCAAUUCGCCAUAUCAAGGGUAUCAAGACACCUGUGCUGAUCCUUCAUGGUGAGAAGGACGCCCGUGUGCCAACCACGCAGGGGAUCACAUUCCAUCGCGGUUUGCGCCGGGUAAGCGGGCACCCCGACAAUCAUCAAUUGAUCAUCUACCCCAGAGAGCUACAUGCCUUUACUGAAAAGAAGCAUGCUGAAGACGUAAUACGUAGGCUGAUCGGACACAUGGAUGCGUACCUGAUAUAGGAAUGAGCCGG